GAAGAGUUUCCAUACUACAGGUAUUGUAAGUGAUAUUGUAAAUGUAAUUUGUGAUUGUUAUUGAGAUUGUGAUUAAAUUGUAAUCGCAUUGGGAACCGGUUCGAGACCCAGUCUACGAUGCGACUAUCACGUCAAUCUACUUAUCCUUAUCCACUACCAGGAAGUAGUUCAGUUGGUUGUCAUGACUAUAGGUAAUUAGCGUGGGUGCCUUCCGGGUAAGGAGUACGCGUUUUUUUAGUGAGUAGUGAGUUAGUGAGGUACACAUUAGAGAGGUUAGUGAUUAUUCUGAGUAGUGAGUAGUGAGUAGUGAGUAGUGAGUUAGUGAGGAAUUAGACAGAUGGGUAACUACUACGACUUAGACGAUAUUCUAGCGGAUGGUGAGAAAGUACCGUGUAGGUUUAAUAUGACCGUACCUGGUCUUGGAUACUUAGAAGGUAAUCCAGGUAAACAAAUCCACAAGGACUCUAAAGUUGAAUUACCAUUUUGGUUAGCCCAAAUCUUGGCUAUUUGUGUAUUACAGGAGGAAUCAGGUCAAAGUUUUGUUGAUAUAGCAGCUCCUGAAGCUGUUAGUACAAAAGUUUUAAAUGCUAUUAAGACAAGUUCUACUAGUGUAGAUUUACAUAAAUUAGCACCUAAUUAUUAUAAAUUUAUAGAGAGAUGGUGUUCUAUGUAUUCUGAUCCUGAUGCAACUAAUACAGUUAUGCAAAUGCUUAAGGAAAGAGCCUUUGAAAUUAAUAAUUAUGCUAGUAAUCUCACUAAGGGAAUUAAUAAUGAAUUUCUAUAUUCAUUAGAUGAAUUUGAGAAGAAGUUAUAUAAGCAAACAUCUGAGAGUAAUAAGCAAAUGAGAAAUUGGCUACGCGACUAGUUAGUCAGUAAUGAGUUAUGAGUAUAUAGAUAUAUAUAUAAUAAUAAUAAGUACAGUAUAAUAAACGAAUUAAAUACGAUUUAAAUAGGUAGGUAGGUGGUCACUUAGUAGCACCACCUAGUUCAGGAUCUACAUUAGCAUCUUCUGAGCUUUCAUCAUUCUUUUCAUCAAAGAGAUCAUCGUCCAACUCAUCAUCACUAUCCUCUAUAAAUUCUUUGGAUAAUGCCU